AUGAAAGCUUUCCCCAUUCUCUGCGCCGUACUCUUCGCUUUCGGAGCCUACUUCUCGAUCGUCUCCGCCGUUUCCGACGUCUCCGACGUCUCCGCCGUUUCCGCCGUUUCCGCCGUUGCCCAUCCAGAGUCUCUCACCGUGAUCCAUGUCGCACUCUGUGAUGUCAAUUGCACCGUGGGAUCAUGUUACACGUGCUGUACAAUCAACCAAUAUCCCCAGGGAGGAAUCUGCAUGAACCUUUGGUGUUAUUGCAAC